AUGCCUGACCCGAACACUCGCACACUGGUGAUUUCCAAGGCCCGUGAGCUGCUGACAGAGGAGCCCGGGCUCCUCGUCGUGGCAGAUACCGUUGCUGCCAUUGGAAGGCCACGCGCUGGACCGCCUCCGGAGUGGGUGCUUAACGUCGAGGCCGCUGGCUUUAAGCUCAUUCGCGAUCCGCAGAUGCAUUUCUCUACCUUGCGUGAUGCAAGGACCGGAGUAGUCAAUCGGGCAAGCUGCUUCUCCUUCAAGACAGUUGCAAAAACAGGUAUGGAGGAAGCGCUUCCUCCUCUGCAACUUCCACGGGACUCUGGCGCAACAACACGAACGAUUGCGCAGGCACUGCCCCGCCAGCGCGGGAGAAGUUCACGGUGGCGGGCUUCAGGAACUGUGCGAAAACGGUCGCAAAAGGGGAAAGGGCCAGCUUGGUCACGUUUGGUCACCGUUGGCCAUUGCCUUCAAGGAUUGCUGUGA